UUCCAAAAAAGGAGGAAAAAGAAAGGGCAAAAAAAAGAAAAAAGGGAAAAAGAAGCGAAAAAAAAAGACCGUCGAGGCGGAAGAGGGGAGGGAAGAGGGAUGGCUAUGGCUGCCCCGAGGACGGUCUUUCCGCUGCCACGGAUGGAGGGCGUGGGGUUCUCAUCGAGUAGAUUCACUUCUCCACUUGUCGAGCGCGGGAAAUCUGACGUGGCGGCGGCAGGGGGGGGCGGGGUGAGGCUGUCCACGUGGCAAUGGGAGGUAGAAAGAUUUUCGCGCCAAAAUUUUCAAGAUUAUGCCAAGCAGAACAUGCUUGAAGUGACCUGCCACAGGCGGGUCCGACCAGAUGCCGCCGCUGCUGCUGCUGCUGGCGAUGAUCGUGCCGAUGAACCACGUCAGCGAUUACGACCACGUGCAAGCGCAACGCAGGGUAAGAUGGCGGAGAGCUUGUUUAGACUGAAUGGCAACCUGGAACCAUUCAGAGCUGAGAAGGGCAAGGUUCUCAUCGAAUGUCGCGACGUUUACAAGGCAUUUGGCGACAAGCAUGUGCUCAAGGGAGCCAGCUUCAAGGUCAGGCAUGGGGAGGCUGUCGGAAUAAUUGGCCCAUCGGGGACCGGGAAGUCUACAAUUUUGCGGAUCAUGGCUGGCCUGCUUGCUCCAGACAAGGGGGAGGUAUACAUUUGCGGCAAGAAGAGGACAGGGCUCAUCAGUGACGAAGAUAAUCCGGAGCUUCGGAUUGGCAUGGUUUUCCAGAGUGCGGCACUCUUUGACUCGUUAACGGUGCGGGAGAAUGUUGGCUUCAUGUUGUACGAGCACUCAGACCUUCCAGACUGGCGCAUUCGGGAGCUGGUUACCGAAAGCUUGGCUGCUGUCGGCCUUAAGGGUGUGGAAGAGAGGGUACCAGCGGAAUUAUCGGGUGGAAUGAAGAAACGCGUUGCGCUAGCGAGGGCCAUUAUUUCCGACGGCUCGCAGCGUGAAGACGAGGUGGUUAUGUAUGAUGAGCCCACUGCAGGGCUCGAUCCCAUUGCAUCUACAGUUGUGGAGGACCUGAUCCGAUCGCUUCACAUCAAAGGUAGAGAUGCAAGUGGGAAACUAGGCACCAUCGCCAGCUAUGUUGUCGUCACACAUCAACACAGCACUAUCAGAAGAGCUGUUGACAGGUUGAUCUUCCUCCAUGAUGGGCGAGUGGUGUGGGAGGGUCUUACCCGAGAGUUCGACACCACCUCAGAGGCGAUUGUUCGUCAGUUUGCAGAGGGGACACUCAACGGUCCUAUCAAGUACUAGACGUCUAUAUUUUCUCUCGUUUCUCCCCCAGACCAGGACAUGUGGGCUUUGGCUUAUCUAAUCAAGGGAGCCUGAGGAAGGGGCAUUUUCUGGUGGGCAGGGUUCGGGCAUUUUACUAUGUCCAUCUCAGCUGCAAGCAGAGGUAGUUGUGGCUUUUCCAUCCUGCAAGGUGUGUAGGUCUUUCGAUGGCGGUGGGGCCCACAUUUAUUUGGUAUUUUGGAUCCCUUUAGAGGGGAGUAUUCCUGGCCAGUUGACCAUUUUAGGUAUUUACUAUUUAGAAUUUUAGACUCUUUUGCAGUGUCUACAUUGAAGACGUGCUUUGUCCGAGGGGUUUGAUUUAGGAAUAAUAAUGGGGGGGUGUUGCAGAGGGAGAGGGGUCUAGGACUAUAUAACUUCAAAUUUGAAAUUGAACACUGCGGUGAUGAUAAGAUGAUCCAGAUUCCAGAGUCAGUUUGCUGGGAACCGAUGUGCAUUAGACUCGCAUGUACUUUUUUUUUCUUUUUUCUUAAAAUAGUAUUUUACUAUUUGUUUUAGCAUUGUAGUAAUUUGCCAAUCCACAUACUGGAGGGGAGAGGGGAGACGAGAAAUUCUUCUCAAAUCGGCCAGCUAGGACUUCACUCAGAUGUUGGUAUUUUCUAAUUUUGUUCACUGCGGAACUAUCCACAGACGUCAACAGUGCCUUGUCAGGCUGGUGAGGGCUGAGCAGCACACGCGUGGAGUGCUUUCACUGCGAAACGCUUUUUCGUCAGAGAAUUUAUGUAGCAUAGGACCCUCUAGUGGCAUUACUGAUGAGCUGAUAGCCAGCCCGAUAUCUAGCUAUCUGGCUGUCUGGCUGUGGAUUCAGAUAUAUGGCUAUCUGGCUAUCUAGCCAUGUAUCUGGCUAUCUGGCUAUCUGGCUAUCUGGUUAUCUGGAUGUGUAUCCAGGAAUCUGGCUAUCUGGCUGUGUAUCUAGAUAUCUGGUUAUCUGGCUGUCUAUCUGGCUAUCUGGCUAUCUGGCUAUCUGGCUAUCUGGCUAUCUGGCUAUCUGGCUGUGUAUCCAGCUAUCCGGCUAUCUGGCUAUCUGGCUAUCUGGCUGUGUACCUGCCUAUCUGCGUAUCUGCCUAUCUGGCUACCUGGCUAUCUGGGUACCUGACUAUCUGGCUAUCUGGCUAUCUGGCUACCUGGCUGUGUAUCAGGACAUCUGGCAAAACAGUGGUGGUCUUCAGGAGUGUGGUUGUUGUAAGCCUGCUUUAGCUGGACUGUCUGCGGAGGACGAUCUCGAGGUGUUGCAGAUGCCAAGUAGUGAGAAAGAAAGAACGGAUAGGAUGCUUUCGUCAGCACCACAUGUGGUGAUACUAAGAAACGUCGAUUUUUGUGGGAGAUCAAGCUCAUUUUCUGUCACUGUUUGUUUUCGUGGCUCUGCAGCGAAAUUCUUUGACGGCGGUUUCCUUAGGUUGUCUUUCUGUCUCACUGUGUUUACCCCGAAACCAGUCAUUGCUGCAUGUCUAUCCCAGGCCGCGGCCGCCGCUGCCGCCGCCGCCGCCAUUCCCACUUGUCCCACUUGUAGCUGCCUCCGUCCCUAUUUCCCUUUUUCUUCAUUCAUCCCUAACCACCCCUACCAUCCCUUCCCUUUACGAACAACCCCAACCAUCCUUAAACCGUGUGUUUACGAACAAGUCAAGUUUUCCGUGCGGGUUUACGAACAAGUCGAGUUUUCCGUGCGGGUUUACAAACAAGUCGAGUUUUCCGUGCGGGUUUACGAACAAGUCAAGUUUUUGUGCGGAGUGGAAGUUCAGGUGGUGUCCAGUAAUUCACUUCAUCAGCUUCAUUUUUUUCUGGAAGCAUGGAGCAUCGUGCAUUUUCUA